AUGCUCAAAGAUUUCCAGAUUUUACCCACCUCGCAAAACGGACCCGCAGCCGAUAUAUCAACGGCAGCCAUUCACUUGUCCAUUUCUAUCGAUGAUUUGGAAGUACCCACCACGACUACGACAUUAUCUUUGAUUUCGGAGCUCGAUGAAAUACGACCUGUUCCCGAAACUGAUUCACAGAAUCUAGGUUGCAAGAAAGCAAAUGCUUUGCUUGCAACGACCACCGGCACAUACAUCAGUCACAACAACACUUCUUUCUAUGACCGUCCUGCAGAAGGUUUCUGGACGAAAUUGAUCAUGCGGCCACCCAACCUAUUCAUCAGUCAGAAACCUACUCGAGGAUUUACUACAAAUCACAAUCAAGGCAACGAUUUGACCUCCCCUUGUACUGAUCGUUAUCGUCAACGCCAAACUUAUCCCAUGGAACCAACUUCUGAACUUACAAACAGAAGUCACUCAUUCGUUCAUGAAUGGAUCACUGAUCCUACCACGAAGAUCUCCAACUCCUUUUCAUACGGCGGAAACAGUGCAUAUGUCCCUCUAGUUUCUAACGAGGCUGCGUUCUCUUUAGCAGUGGUUCCCUUUUUGGUUCGAGGCUGUGAGCUUCAACUAGUUGUUAUGACCGCGGCUGAUACGACAAUGUCUCCACGCCCUUUUUCGAUUGACUUCUUGCAGACUUACGAUUUCACGGAUGAAGGAAGAAGCUUGAGGUUACUUCAGAAAGUUGAAAACAAGGGCAACAUCGAGGAUUAUGCUAUGGAUGGAACGCUCAUCAAGCAUUGUUCAGACAUUUGCUCCAUCAAUCUUACACUCAAUACGCAAGGUUUGACAAUUAUAGUGAGAGAAAUGCAACACUCGGUCUGUUUCAUUGCAUACAAAACACCAGAAAACCAUUUCCUUGUUUUCGGCGAUGACUCCCAAUCAAAAUGGGUCAAUGCUUUAAUGAUGGUGAACUACAACGCUGUAGCAAUAGGAGACCGCUUUGAUAACAUUAUCGUCAAUACGCUGAUCACUAAAGAAUCGGACCAAGUCGAUGAAGACCCUACCGGAGAAGAUUGCCAUAUCGGAGACCUUGUCAAUUCUAUAUACAAAGUAGCGAUGGUUGCUGGAGGACGUGAAAUCUUACUGUAUACUGGUGUCCAUGGCACGGUUGGUAUCCUCGUACCCUUUGUUUCGAAGGAGGAUGUCGACUUCGUAUCGACAUUAGAGCAGCAUCUGCUCACCGAACAGAGGUUGUUUGGUUGGCAGAAAUCAGUUAGUUGGAGAGGUUAUUAUAUGCCGGUCAAGGCAGACAAUCUCUGCGAGACAUUUGCUCGGCUACCGGGAUCCAAGCAAAAUGCUAUUACUAGUGAGCUUAACCGGACAGUAGGGGAAGUUCUCGAAAAACUGGACCGAUUGAGUGUCACAAGGAGUGAAUUGUAA